UUGACGAAAUGCCACCACCAGCGGCGACAGCCCGCACCGUUAUCAAGGCGAUGCCGAGGGCGGCGCCAGCAACGACACAAUGUACCCGACUCCUGUCGACGGCUAGCACCCCUCCAGCCAAGCGACCGACGGCCCCGAGCCCUGCGAGACUCCAGUCCCAGCCCUACCAGCCAUUGGUGCAGCGGAGGUUUAAGUACAACACUGUCGAGGAGGCAAAGAGUCGCUACAGAUCAGGGCCCUUUUCUUGGAAGGCUGGUCUCCUCUUUGUGCUCACCGGCGCCGGCCUCGUGUGGUAUUUCGAGAACGAAAAGACCAGGAUGCAGCGAAAGAGGAUAGCGGAGUCGACUAAGGGCGUAGGCAGGCCCAAGGUGGGCGGGCCGUUUGAGCUCAUGGACCAAAAUGGGACCAAGGUGACGGAGCGGGACCUCAAGGGGCGGUACUCCCUGGUUUACUUCGGCUUCACUCACUGCCCCGAUAUUUGCCCCGAGGAGCUGGACAAGAUGGCAAGGAUGUUCGACCUGGUCGAGGAGCAGCGCCCCGGUGCAAUGACACCAGUCUUUGUGACGUGCGACCCUGCCCGCGACGGCCCCAAGGAGCUGAAGGAGUACCUCGUCGAAUUCCACCCCAAGUUUGUCGGCCUGACGGGCACAUAUGACCAGAUCAAGGCCAUGUGCAAGGCUUACCGCGUCUACUUCAGCACGCCGACCGAGGUGAAGCCGGGGCAGGACUAUCUGGUAGACCACAGCAUCUACUUCUAUCUAAUGGAUCCUGAGGGGGAUUUUGUUGAGGCACUGGGCCGGCAGCACUCACCUGACCAAGGAGCCAAGAUCAUCCUGGACCACAUGAAGGACUGGAGGGGAAAGUUGAAGACGAGCUGACAUAAAAGAUAGGCGAGCUGUAUCACAAAUGUACCAUAUCUCCGCUUGUUGUUGCUGUAUAGGUGGCCAUGGUGGACCUUCGCAUCGCUCACGGACCUUGCCUUUAUCCUGUUUGGCAUCCAGGGGCCGAGACGCAUGGAGUUCCGACCCCUCGGGUCGCUUAUAGUGCUGGAAGUUAGCGAGGUACCUCCUUCUACCCUCGUAUGGUGUGUAUGGCGUGGCCUGAUGCCAGCAAAGGGUUACGAAGCAAACCUAUGCAAUGGGAUUAACGAGGCAGAACAUCAGGUGAGGACACAGUGCUUCAAAUCAGCC